AUGCAGUCCACCUCAAAGGCCUCAACACUGAGUUCAUUGACAUCCAUUCCAUCCUCUUGGGGACAGUCCCCUCUGGCUGAGGAGUGGCAUAACCGGUGGCUCAUGGACAAGGCCCGUGCCAAGGACAUAGACUUCCAGUGUCCCAGUUGCCAUGAACUCGAAGAGGGUGGUGCAAAGUGCAAAGAGCUACAUCCAUACUUUUGCUCAGGAAGAGAAUUCCCAUGUUGGAUAAGCCAGUCAUCAUCUCAGGGAUUUGUGAAAGGGCAUCUAAGUCUCAAGUGUGUGCCGAGUCCACCCUUAUUCUUGAGCUCAUCUGCACAGGAGUGGAAAUUCAAGUUUUGUCGGUGGAGUAUGAGGAUCAAAAAACUGGGUGAAAAGUUUGGUGUGUACACCUUCAAGCACAAGAUCAUAUUCAUUACUGUUCAUAGCAAAGUCACCCAUGGUGACCUGUUUGCAGGGAAGGGCAAGAGUGGUGAGGAUGUUGCAAUGGAGGUUGGUGAGUUCAUGAAAUGCCUGUUCGCUUCUCCCCUGCAAAACAUGGUCUACGGUUCUACACUGUUUAUGUUGACUUGUGGCCCUGUGGUUUCCUUUGAACAAUCAUUAGCAGUGUUGAAGCAAUCUAUUGUGCAGUCAGUUAUUAAUGAUUGA